AUGGAUGAACAUCUUUUCUUCAUUUAUCUGUUAUCCUUGGUCUCUCUCAUUUUGAUUUUCAAGCUGCUUAUACCCAAAAAGGGGAGAAAUGCAGCACCAACUCCACCUUCUCUCCCAGUAAUUGGCCAUCUCCAUCUAAUUGGACAACCUGUUCACAGAGUCCUUCACCACCUUUCUUCCAAGUAUGGUCCUAUUAUGGCUCUUCGCUUCGGCUCUCGCCCUGUGCUUGUUGUAACCUCUCCACCAGCUGUUGAAGAGUGCUUCACCAGAAACGAUCUGGUUUUAGCCAACAGGCCACUCCUUUUAAGUGGCAAGUAUCUCGACUAUGACCACACCACAGUGGGUGCUGUGCCUUACGGACGUCUCUGGAGGGACCUUCGCCGCAUUGUCACACUAGAACUCUUCUCCACGGCUCGACUCAAGGCUUACAUGGGAGUCCGACAAGACGAAGUGCGAUCAUUAAUUAAGUCUCUUUCUCGAGAUGCAUGGCAAGAUUUCACAAGAGUAGAAAUGAAGUCCAGGAUUCAAGGUUUAUCUUUCAACAUAAUCAUGAGAAUUGUUGCAGACAAACGGUUCUAUGGGAUCGAGGUGGAUGACUUUGAGGAGGCUCGUACCUUUAAGGCUAUAAUGAGAGAAGCGUCUGAAGUCAGUGUAGCAUCAAAUCCUGGCGACUUCAUCCCAUUUUUACGAUGGAUUGAUUUUCAAGGUUUGGAGAAGAAGCUUCAGAAAUUGCAAGCUAAAUUCGAUAGCUUUUCCCAAAGCCUAAUCGAAGAACGUAGGAGUAAACACCAUGGUUCUUUCGACAACGGGAAGGCCAAGACAUUUAUCGAUGCUUUCCUUUCUUUACAGGAAUCAGAACCAGAAUACUAUACCGACAAUAUAAUCAAAGGCAAUAUACUGACAUUGCUAGUUGCUGGAACAGACACUUCAUCAGUGACAAUAGAGUGGGCGAUGUCACUUCUUCUAAACCAUCCGGAUGUGCUAAAGAGAGCUAGAGCAGAGGUCGAUGAACAUAUCGGAUACCAACGUUUGGUAGAGGAGACUGAUCUAACCAAGUUGCCAUUCAUCCAAUGCAUCGUCCACGAGACACUAAGACUAUUCCCAGCAGCACCGCUGUUGGUGCCACAUGAACCAUCUGAAGACUGCAUAAUUGGUGGGUUUCAUGUAUCCCGGGGCACGAUGGUGUUGGUGAACGCAUGGGCCAUCCAUAGGGAUCCACAGUUAUGGGAUGAGCCGUUAAGUUUCAAGCCGGAGAGGUUUGAGAAAAUGGGGAACAUGGGAUAUCGGUUUAUACCGUUUGGGGUGGGACGUCGGCAGUGCCCUGGGGCCGGGCUCGCGAACAGGGUAGUGACAUCGGUGUUGGCAUCGUUGAUCCAAUGCUUUGAAUGGGAAAGGGUUGGUGAAGAGCUGGUGGAGUUGUCGGAAGGCAGAGGUCUAUCCAUGCCCAAAAACAAGCCUUUAGAGGCGAUGUGCAGAGCUCGCCAAAGAAUGAGUCAUGUUCUUAAGGAGCUAUAAGACUUGACUUGUAUUAUGUAUCAAUACCAUGAAAACAAUAAGCACCCAUUUGGUUGCAUGGUCUAUUUUGUUUUUUAAUAAAACUAUUUAUUUG